GGGCGUUUGGCAAUGCGCUGAACGCCGCAGUUAUCGGAAGUUAUACGGCUCUCGAUACGGCGGCGACGAUGAUUUUACUACUAAAAACGAUUUUGCAUUCCCUCAUUACCCAGGACAUACUCAUAACUGCUGCGGGGAACAGGUUGAACGGCGGAAAGGUUAUAAAGGUGCUUGCAACUCACAAGGGAAACCAAAUCCAAAUUACUGAAAGUUUUGCGAAUAGCAUUGCGGGGAACAUUCAGAAUGGGGUAGAAGUGAUGCAAAUGGUUUUAACCUACAAAAAAAAGCAGGUUACAAUCACUGAUGACAUAUUCAAAGCUGCAGCAGGGAACAGGCUUAACGGCGCAGAGCUAAUGGAGAUGUUUUUGGCAAAAAAGGAGACCAGAUCCAAAUCACAGAAAAUCUCCUAA